GCUGCAGGAUCCAUCCCUUCACUCACCAGGAUAGCCUACCAACCUGACAAGAGCAAGAAAUUGAGCUGUCUUUAUUUAUUAACAGAUGCUUAAAUUUGAACUGCCAUCAAAUAUAGUUAAAUGCAUGUAAGCACGUAGGUAACAGAGGACUUCAUUGGUUGUUUUGCCUGAGAGGUUCAAUAGAACCGCCUAGUUUUCUCAGUCUCCCACACAAACUUACCUGCACUAACUAGAAAGUCCAGUUUCUCCAGCAAGUCCUAGAGAACACCGGAGAGUCCUGGAGGCAACAUGGACCUGGACAGUAAACGGUUGGUGGUGGUGGUACCAAAUGAAGUGCUGGCGCCGUCUCGCAGAGUGUUCAGUGGCGAGGAUGAGGCGUGGAAGAGCUACCUAGAGAACCCCCUGACUGCUGCCACCAAGGCCAUGAUGAGCAUCAACGGAGACGAGGACAGUGCCGCAGCUCUGGGACUGCUGUACGAAUACUACAAGGUUCCCAGAGAGAGGAGAGGGGGCCCCAGCGGAGUCAAACCCACAGACCCCUCUGCUGAUGGGCCAGAUGACGGCGGCAGCUUGGAGAUGUUAGAUCCCCAUGUUCAGGCUCUCAGAUCCAUGCCUGUCAACCUCUCACUAAACAACAGCAACACUGCAGAACACCAGGGCUCCAGGUUUGGAGAGACCAGAGGAGGAAAUGGUAAAGGUGGUUCAGCUCUGCCUCUGGUCAAGACCGAGGGCCACACAUCUAUGGGAGUUCCCUGCUUUGGAGGUUCCUACAGAGAAGAACCCAGAGAGCAGACAAGGAUGGUUCACGAGCAGAGCCACUACUAUCUGUCCCAUGCUGGGUUCUUGAAAAAUGAACAAAGAAGCAAUCCAGACAAUAUAUAUGAGGACGCUGUGGAAGGAGAGAUGUACAACAGAAGUCCCUCCUCAGGAGAUGAAUUCCACUACAGCACACCGACUGACGACUUCCAGUACUGUCUGGAGGCCAGCAUGUCGCUGAGGCCGCGGCAGGGGGAGGGGCCCAUGGCCUACAUGAACCGGGGACAGUUCUACGCUUUGACACUGUCCAAGGCCAACUUCAAAUCGUCAAUAAAUCAGCCCAAAGGCAAAGUGCGGAGUGUUAUCAUGGUUGUCUUUGGAGAAGACCAGUGCAGAGACGAGCAGCUGAAGAAUUGGAAAUACUGGCACUCCCGCCAGCACACUGCCAAACAGAGGGUCCUGGACAUCGCUGACUACAAGGAGAGCUUCAGCACGAUUGGGAAUGUGGAGGAAAUUGCCUACAAUGCUGUCUCUUUCACAUGGGAUGUCAGUGAAGAAGCUAAGGUGUUUAUCUCAGUGAACUGUCUGAGCACAGACUUCUCGUCACAGAAAGGAGUGAAGGGCAUGCCUUUGAUCAUCCAGGUGGACAGCUACAGCUACAGCAGCUGCAGCAGCAGGCCCAUCCACAGGGCCUUCGCUCAGAUCAAGGUUUUCUGUGACAAGGGCGCUGAGAGGAAGCUUCGUGAUGAAGAGAAGAAGCAGCUCAGGAAGAAGAUGAAGGGGAAAAAUGGCAACUCAGGGCAGACCACCCCCUUCCAGAGGGCGGACAGCACGCUGUUUAAAGCCUUGCUGGACCUGGAUUCCCAGCCUGUGCUCUUCAUUCCUGACGUGCACUUUGGAAACCUGCAGAGAGCUGGACAGGUGUUCGCUUUUAACAGUGAAGAGGCGAACAGAGAUCGUACUCCCAUGAAGAGAAUGGCAUGUGUUGCUGAGGAGGAUGUCUGUGUGCCUCAGCCUAAGAAACCCAAAGUGGAUCUGCAAAGGAGAGUCCUGCUGUACGUGAGGAAGGAGUGUGAUGAAGUGUUUGAUGCCUUAAUGCUGCGCUCCCCAACCCUUAACGCACUGAUGGAGGCCAUCUCAGAGAAAUACGCACUACCUAUUGACAAGAAGGCCAGAGUUUACCAGAAAAGCAAAAAAGGGGUCCUGGUGAACAUGGACGACAACAUGAUCCAGCACUACUCCAACGAGGACACCUUCAUCCUAGCUGUUGAGAGCUCUGCGGAAUCCUUUCGCGUCACUCUGUCAGAAAUCUGAGGGUUGUUAGGCACAGCACCAAAUUCACCGUGAAUGGAAUGAGGGGGGGGGCUAGCAGUAUUAGAUUAGCAACAACAUGUGUUCAUUGGGGAAGGCCACAUGAUAGUCUUGGUUUGUUGGUUACACGGAUCCUUGGCUAAACUCCUCCUCCCCUCUGCAUCAGGUGUUUAUCUUCAGGAACACACGCCUACCGAAAUGCCCAGACUUUUGGCUUAGGGAGGAAAUAUUUUCAGUUUUUUUUUUUCUUACUACCUGUUAACUUAAGUUCGUAUGCAGAUAGACAGGAGGUAAUUGUUCCGGUCCCAACAGAGCGCCCGGCCUCCUGCUGUGUCCGCCGGAUGAACAGCAGCGUCUGCUUUCUCUGUGCUCCAGUUAUUCUCAACGUCACCUCUGGUGGUGAAAGCUUUUAAAUGACUUGAUCAGGUGUAUGAAAGGCACUUAACAGUUUAAGUUAAUGGACUAAUGUUUUGUAUGAAUAUUGUUCUUUUUUCAAUUCCCUAUAAAGUGCUUUUGUCAAGUUUAAAUUGAAUUUCUCUUUUUCUUUUGGUUGCCCAUCUUUUAUUGAUUGGUCAUAUUGUAACUGGUGCCCAUAAGUGCAUGGGAAAUCCCAGUCUCCCAUAGUGGUGACAUGCUGGUGUCUCAGCAUCUAUAAUUGCAUGAGGCCUGGUUCUGGAGACGCUGGAACAGGACAGUGAGCCUCCAGUAUGCUGUUGAACUGUUUUGCUUCCCCUGUGCAUGUGUUUAUUGUUUUUCCUCCUUCUGAAGAGACUGUACUCAUUAGUGUUUAUGACAUUAGUCGGGGACUUAACUGCUCCAUUCAUUUACACAAUCUUUUUCUGAGGCCCCGUCAAAUAUCAGAGCCUAACAGUGAAACGUUUCAAGCCUGUUUACACCUGAUUAAUUGUAUCCUAUUGGCAUCCUUAAUUUGCUUCAUGCAACAUAAUGUACAGUAUUUUGAAUGAGCCAAUAAAUAUUAUUUAAGCCA